AGUGAUGACAGAAAUAAAAAGGAAAGAGAGUCUGAACACAAUGAUUGAUUAAUCACACACUUAUAAGCCUUAUCACUUUUUAGUCUUUUAGCUCAAAAGAAGAAAUCAAGAGAGAGAGAGAUCCAUGGAGGGUCUUCAAAGAUCAACCAUCUCCUUCCGCCGUCAGGGAUCUUCCGGCAUAGUCUUUGACGACCGUGUCAUCGCCGAGCUAAACAAACAAGCCACCGAGCAGAAGGACGAAAGUCAACGCGACGAACAGCCUAAGCCUAUGUCGGAAGAGCAAGAGAAACCGAUCGCCGGCGACGAGAAAGACAAGCUCAGACCUAUCAAAACAAGCGUACCACCACCAACAGCUGCUGGAGGUCUCGAGAGGAGUCGAUCCAACGGCGGAGGAGCUCCACGUCAUCACAGAACAACCGGAAGAGUGUCUCCCGCGGUGGAUCCGCCGUCUCCGAGACUCUCGACAUGCGGUUGCUGCACUGCGUUUGGGAAGAAACCGCCGGGGAAGAAGAAUAAUCCGAGGAAGAAGCCACCGAAACGCAGAUCAAGGUAGGCUUAAAACUAUAGAGAUCACCAAAGUAUACUGUCUUUGAUCCUCUUUGUGUGUUCUGAUACAAUCUUGUUCAUUUUCGAAUCUCUCCGGUUAAAGCUUAUAGAUCGCAAUACUUUGAAUUUUAUGUUUGAUUGUAAAUUAGCUGUCUUUUUUUUUUCAGACAAAUUUUUCAUCUCUGUAUUUGUUUUUUUUUUCUUGAUCACCGCCGCAUUUCACGCCUU